AUGGUCAAAUACACAGAAGAACAAUUAUUAGAAUUACAAAGUCAUGCAGUGGUCUCAAAGAAAGAUGCUUUGGAAGCAUUCAAUGCUCUUGUCGAAGAAGUAAAGACGCAAGUUCCAGAUGACCAGUUCCUUAAUGGCCGUAGACGUUCUUCAGUGCUUGGCACGAGACCUGUGUUCAGAAAGAAGAAGGCAGAUCCUCCAAAGGUGGACGAGGAUGGAUUCAUCAUUUCUAGUGGCAAAUCUACUCGCAAAUCCGUCAGUGCAAGCGAUGAUGUUGAAAUUCAGCAAUUCAGAGAGCUCAACUUGAAAGUCAAGUCAAGUAAGAUUUCUUCGAAUCCUGCAGACUCUUCUACCCUUGUAGAUCAGCCCAAGGUUGCCUUUAACGCAUUUGACGCUCUUAUGGACAGUGAUGGUGAUAGCGAAUAG